AAGCCAAAAGACAGUUCGUCGAAGAGCUCAAGCAGAAGGCAGGAGAAGGGUUUGAACACCACAUCGAGAGACUCAAGAAGAAGCUUCCAAUGGAUGAGUCGUCAUUUCUGUUAUACUUGUUGGACAGAGCUAAGCAAAUCGGGAGUAGUUUGGCGAAGAUCUCGGCUGCCUAUCAAACAGCAAAUGAAGGCAUUUCAGCCAUCGGAGCGUCUUUUGUGUCAGACAUCAUCAAGUCGAAAAGAAGAGAGGAAAGUCGGAAAGAAAGACGUAGUAAAGGUGACUAUGGAGGAUGUGCAGAAGAUCACGUUGUUGGCAAUGAAAGAAGAUAGUCCGGAGAGGGAUCGAGAUGCGUUGCUGGCAAUUCUAUCGUUCAAUGUCAUGCUAAGAGCAUCGGAAGCAGCUGAGAUCAAGUGGGCAGGAGUAACACAGAAAGACGGGAUGAUUGAGGUGCAUGUAAAGAAGGCAAAGAAUGACCAGUUGAGACUUGGAAGAUCGUCGUUUUUCAACUACGAGCCAGGCAGCGAUGCGGACAUCUUGAUGUGCCGAUGGAGACUUCGAACCAAAGGAAAGUGUCCAUACGUCUUUUCACACCUGGACGGUUCGAAGAAACUCUCGAAACAAGCCAUUUCGACGCUCUCGACAAAGAUGCUGGCAGCGAUCGGGAAGCCGGGAGCGACUCAUCACUGCUUCAGAAGAGGAGGAGCCAACCACAUGCGGAGAAUCGGCCAUUCAAUCGGUAUCUCACUGAUGUUCCCACAGCUCAAGGAUGUCUACAGUCCCAGGCAGAGGCAGAUGACGAGGACGGCGAAGAGUAAUAAUCGUGUAAUAUUUAUAGUUUUUUUAGUUGUUUUUUUGUUCUACUAG